UCCAGAUGACGCUAAAUAGUGACAGAAUGUGAACUGGUGAUAGGGAUUUUGGGUGAAAUGUGAUGUUUCAUAUUGGAGGAUUAAGUUUCAGUCGCCAGCAACUGGGAAAAUAACAGGAAAAUGUUUACCGGCGCUUAUUCAAACCGCUACCAGAUCCUGGAAAACCAACAUCUGGAGCACCUGAAACAGAUGAACUCUUCCAAUCGUGGAGAUGUGAUAGCCAAAACAAAACUAUUGUCACAUGAGACAAACAGGCGACGCAGAGCUCUUGCAAUAAAGAGAAAAAUUGAUGCACAGCGAGAAGAAAAACGGAGACAGGAAAUUUUGUUGAAACGUCGUGAGAAGCAAAGAGAAGCAACAGAAAAAUUCCAACGCUACAGGAAAAAUUCUAAAGGUGAAGGCCCAUGUUCCCAGCGCUCUCCAAGCCCAACCCGUGGUGUAACAUCAGCUCUGAUUCCAGGCUUAGAUGAUGCUCUGAAGGCAGUGCGGGGGCGCAAGUCGACUAGCCCCGUAAUGAUCGCCUGUCAGGUAGACAACAACACUAAAUACAGCACACGCAAGGAGUCACCUGAAGUCUUACAGAAGGCAUUCUACACCAAGUAUGGCAGCUCAUCAACCCCGCCAGCCAAAGACAGGGUACAGGAACAGGCAAAGGAGACUGCCGCUAGGGCUGACUUGCACAACCGCAGCCUGCGCAACCUGACAAACAGCAAGAGUCUGUUUGAACAGCAGCUAGAGCAACACCAGCAGCUAGUGCUAGAGCAGCAGAAGAACUCCCUACGCGAGUUCAAUGCGGCCCUAAGGAAAGAGAUAGAGGAGGACCUGAGAGGGGAGGGUGUGUCAGGAAUUGUCAUGGAGACAGACGCUGUGAGAGAAGAGAAUGAGGACAUAGCAGAGAGUCUCUCCAGUCUAGACAGCCUUGAGGCCCAUUGCCCUGACAAAGAGAAUUCCUUCACUGACACAGAGCCCGUGGGCAGCGAUAACUUGGUGCCUGCCGUGGAGACUGUCCAGCCCAACUGGGGCAUGGUGUCAGGACCUGGUGAGGACGAGACCAGGAAACAGUGUAAAACGUCAGUGGCCGGGCAUAGAAAUGGGAUGAUGGCACAUAGUAAGGUCUACCCCAGUCCACCCACCCACGUGGACUCCUCCAGAAGUGAUAUCACUGCUGAUACUGUCAGUACCAUUGAUAUCCGUAACGGCAAUGUCCAGCAACCAGGUCCACCUCCUAAACAGUUCUUCCUGCCGCGCUAUAAUGUGUUCACGGAUGUGGGCUCUAUGCCUGCAGCAAACAGUAGAACUGUCACAGAUUGGGUCAGUCAGCAAAACAGCCUGCUGAAUUGUAACUCUGUCAAUAAGGACAAUAGGGGUAACAUCGCUGUGGAGGAGGCACCAGACACGGGCACCCUCUACAUGAAAGCCUGGGCACCAACCAACUCCAUCACCACAAAGAUGCCAGGAGCACCAAAACUCCAGGAUGGAGCACAGCCGAAUACAAAUGAUGCGGCAACACUCGUACAUACAACGCCUUCAAGGCCUAUCCCACAGACGCGUACCACAAGGCCUAGACCACAAAGUGCCAAACCUACUUCUGGCACGAACAGGGGCCUCGGGUCCAAACAUGGAGAAUCUGACCCUUCAGGUCAAUCACAUGUCACAGACAUGUCCCCCAGUGAUGUGUUACUUUCUCCCCCCAGCCCAGAGACUGCUCAGACACACCCUACUCAUUCUCCUAAACAUGCCCGACCAGUCAGGGCACAACCACCCACCAUCUCUAAUGGAGGACUUGGAUUUUCUAACGGCCUUCUCACACUGUGUGCAGACACGAAUGACUCUGAACAAGGAAGCGACAGUGGCUCCCUCUGUAGGGACCCAUCCAUCAUAUCACCAGGCUCUAGAAAACAAAAUAUGCUUAAAGUUCAAAAAGUGAAAAGUAUUUUGAAAAAGGCAGAGGAGACAUUCAGUAAACACAGUGCUCCUUUCAAACGCUCCAACUCGUUUGGUGGUAAGCCUUCCAUAGGAUUGGAUGUUAAAGAUAGCCUGGAAGUAAUUCGUCAGCACAAUGGAAAAGUACAGACUAAAGAGAAGAAAAAGGUGAGAUUUGCUGAAGUGGAGUACCAAGAGGAAAAUAGUAACAGUGACAUUGAAGCUAAACAGAAACCAGUGAACACCACACAAAAGUCCACUCCUGUGACCCACAAGCCGCCUCGCCCCACGUCAGCCCGUGUAAUAAGCUCCCCUAAAGCCAGUCCUGUCCCCACAAGACGUGCUGUCAGUGCAGGCCCUGUUCGUCCCUCUCCACAGGCUAAGUCUAAACCAGUUGACCGCCCUCAGGCGGCUGCUCACAUAAUAACUCACCAGAGUAGCUUCAGCAACCCUGUCACCACUGCCAACGGUCACCAGAUCAGCCUGGUCUCUACCAGUGGCAGGCCACCGGCGUUUUCCACAGGGCGUGGUCAAACCACUACAACACGCACCACCACCGCCACGACUCCUACAACCAACGGGAGGCUGUUUGAAUCCUUAGUCCAGACAGGAGCUGUGUACCCACCUCAGGUGUAUGAUGACUCGGGGCUGCGUUUGGACAGAACUCCCACCGAUGACGAAAUCAACUGGUUGUGGGACAAAGUACGAACCUGCUUACAUCGGGAUUCUCAGGUGUCCUCUCGGGGCUCUGAGACCUCGGACGGCUCUAACCGACAGGCUGUCAUCAUGUCCAGUAAACUGUUCGAUGGGGCCAUGCUAGGACAGCAUGCUAAUGUCACCAGAGUCGCUUCCUCAAAUCUCCGGCGAUAUAACUCAGCAGAGUCUGUGAACAGUUAUUCCAAAAGGAACGCCUUGCUACAACAACGACAGCAGCAGCUACCUCACAGCAUCAGCUCACAUAGGUCUGGUAGCAGAGCAACCCCGUCCCAAGGUUCUUUACAGAACCCGAAACCCAGCCUUCAUGAUCCGCAGUCAGCAAGUUCAAACACCAACAACCAUCACCAAGACAUGAGUGAGAGCAUGGCCGGAUUCCUGGCUGCUGAAGCUUUGGCAGAACAGUCUGUGUCUGAUAGCACCAUGCACACAGCCCUAGAGGCAGCACAGCAACGACAACAGAUGAUCAAUGCAAACAAACCUAACCCUAGAGUACCGACAGCUUUGUCUAUAGAAGAACAGAGACUGAUGGAGUCCAUAGACAAGCUAAAUGAAAAACUGAAAAAUAUUGUCAUUGUUCAGAGGGUCAGUCGUCAUGUAUACAUGUUAUGUAUCGGUUUGAUCCUUUGUUUUUAG